AUGGUCAGGGUUCAGCAUUUUGAAAUUGUGAAAUUUUUUUCUUCUUCGCACUGGUGCUUCUCCGUCCCAGAAGUCUAUCUCUCGUCGUCGCACUCGCACAACCCUUUAUCGUUUUGUUCCUCCACUUGUCGCUUGGUGUCGUUGUCCUUCGCAUUAUGUUAUCGAUGUUACAUUUUCAGUCCAUUUAAAUGGUUUUUAGAACUAAAGGAUGAUAUUAAGCUUGGUAGGAAUAUACUGAGCGAUUUAUUAGAAAGGUGGGAUGAUGAGAGGGGUGGUUUUUGUUUUGGAGGAAAAUUUGUGGAAUUAAAGGAAAUANAUGUUACUUUAAGUUUAGGGUUGGGUUUAGAUGGUCAGCAGAUUAACUUGAAAGAGAAAAGACUUGGAAAAAGUGAUUGUCGGAAGCACUUUGCAAAAGCAAACGAAAAAUAUGAUUUGCAAGUUAUAUAUGACUUUAUAUUGAAGAAACACAAGAAGUUGGCUUCAUUAGAUGUUUGUAGGCUAUACAUUUUGGUAGGAAUUUCUGAGAUAUUGUUAUCCAAUCGUACUAAAACAAUAUUCCCAAUUUUGUUUGAAAUAGUUGAUAAAAUAAAUGAUUUGGGUAGGUUUUGUUGGGGUCGUAUAGUUUACCAAUAUCUACUUCGUAGUUUUAGCAAAGCUUGUACAGCUUGGAAUGAAGGAAAAGGUGCAAGGACUGUGUAUGUCGAAGGUUGUGUGUACGUGUUGCAGGUUUGGUUUUGUGAUCGUUUUGUUCCUUCUAAUAAUUUAGUACAUAAAAAUCCAAGAAUUUUGCAUUGGAUUGAUGUCAAUGUAGGUGACAAUUUCAUAAAAUCUGCUAUGGAGACGGGUGUGGUAUGUAUUAAGUGGUUUUAUUAACAUAUUUGAUUUAAUGAUUUAAUUUAUACAAUGAUGGUUUUGAUGAAUUUGCAGACGCUUGAUGACUAUGGUCCAUCAAUGAGAGAAAUGAGGCAGUCAUUUGUGAAAGCAUCAUUUAAUGCAGGUGGAGAGGAAGUAAGGAAGAAAGCACAUUCAAAGUCAGCAACCAAUGAAAAACAGAAGAAAGAUGUUGAUGAUGGUUUAGAUGCUGUUCUAGAGGAACAAGAAGCUGAAAUUAAAGCACUUGAAGAAGAAUUGGCUGCAUUGAAGGCUUAGUUGGUUGAGGAGAAAGAAGAAUAUUAUGGUGGUUACAGUACCCCAUGUAACCAAAAUGAGAAUAUUAACAACUAUGGACGUGAGGGAGAUGAUUGCAACAAUGAAAUUGUUAUGAAGCAUUAUAUGCGUCGA